AUGGAGGGGCUCGACGUCGACGACGUCUUCCACCACUACCGGCUGAGCCCUACGGAAGUGGAGGCCGUCACCUACUACCUGCCACGCCUCCUCUCCGGCGAGACGCUGCAUGCCGUCGACAAGCUCAUCCACCGCAUCGAGAAUACCGGCUGCGAGCCCAAGGAUCUGGCCGCCCGAUACGCGCCCGUGCCGCAGGCCAUGAGCAGCGGCGACCGGUUCUUCUUCAUCACGUGCAAGAGCAAGAACGGGAGCAAGCUCCAGAGCGUGCGCAGCGCCGGCGGCGGCACCUGGAGCAUCCAGAAAACCUCGGAGAUUAGCCACGCGGGAGUCAAGGUCGGCGAGGUCAAGAACCUGUCCUUCAAGAAGAAGGGCAAGUCGACAGGCUGGGUCAUGGAGGAAUACCGGUGCCUGCUGCCGGAGGCCACCGUCUCCGACGGGGUGAAGGUGUUCAGCAAGAUGCACUUGGCUCAGCAUGCUCCUGACGCGGCCCGCCAGGAAUCGGAGGCGUACAAGCUUCAGCAACAGCAACCAGAGGCC